CGUAGCUUCCUACUGUACUUCCUUAGCUGUUAAAGCAUGGCGGUCAAAAACAACGCGUGGAAGUCACAGAAAUCAACUGCACAACAAUCCGGUGCAUUAUAUUAAUUUUCAAGAGUAACAACAGCAAUGCUCAAUGGAUAGGACGUUAGCUCUCUGAUGCAGGUAGCUGUUAACAUCGGUACGGUGGAUAAACAAACUCCUCCAGAACAGUCUGAGCAAACUUAAAACUUGUGGACGAGCCGGUUAAAGUGUCCUGACUGAGUCUAACUGCUGUGCUGAUUAUGGAUGACUUCGACAGAGAGCUGGAGCCUCACAUUGACUUAAGGAAUGACUCUGACUCCUCAGAGGACAACUCUUCAAAAGGAGGGAAGAAAUCAAAGUUCCCUUUGGUUAAACCCAUAUAUGGAGAUCAGACUCAACAGAAUGGGUUUCGCCGGACCACCAGCAUGUGUCGGGAGCGCAUCAGAGAAGCCAUGCUGCACCACAGAUGGGAGGAGGCAGCAGAAUAUAUGGUGUACUACCCCCAAAUUUUAGAAGACAGAAAUCUUUUCACAGCACAACCAUCUAAGGAGUUUAUUUGGAGAACUGCCACUGAGAUCUUUCACCAUCAUCCCAACUCAACAAUGGAAGAUUACAACACCAUCUAUGAGCGAAUGAAGCAUUCGGGAUUUAGACAUUACCUUAUGAUUUCUCUGGAACAUUCCUUCCACCUCCUGCUCCACCAGCAGAUUGAAGAUGCAAAGCGGCAUCUUGCUAGUGCUGAGAGUUGGAGGCACGGGAAAGAGACAGCAGCUCAGAUUCAGAAUAUUAAACUGAUCCAGGCCUACAGGGGCCUGCUGGAUUAUAUCAUCUGGUGUGUCAAAAAGUCGACACGCUCCAGCAGCGAUUAUUAUGAAUCUGAUUCCAAUCAAACCAUGCAAAACUACUUCAGACAAGCCUCAGUGAAUCUUGAGGAGAUUUUGAAAAAUCCAGGCGUCUGGGAUUCUUUCAUACUGAGAUAUGUUGAGAUGCUCGACUUUUAUGAGCAUCACAAGGAGGCUCUGCAAGUCCUGAAUGACUAUGCGUAUGACAGCAAUUUCCCACCCAAUCCCAACGCGCAUGUCUACCUCUACCAGUACUUAAAGCGACAAGGUGCUUCGGAGAAGAGACUGAUGAAAGUGUUGAAGGUCCUCCAUGCAUUGGUCCCCAGCCAUGAGUUGAUGCUGGAGUAUAGCUCUCUCCUGCUUCAGUCAGAGAAACAAAGUGACACCACGAAAGCUUUAGGAGUUGUCCUGGAAAUGCUGGACUUCAAUUGCUGGGGGAGCAACCUGGAAGUGUGGAUGCGUUUAAAGGCAGUGAUCCAAAAACUUCAAAAUCAAGUAGACUGGGAGAACAUUGUCUGUGAAAAGAUGGCUGAAAGAAAAGACUGGUGGCUUGCGCUUCACUUCACGAGCUUCCAUGCCACGGAAGACUCAAAGGAGAACCCCGAGCUUUUUGAAGUGAAAGCUUCACUGACAAAAAUCCUUUGCCCAGACCGACCACUGAAGUACAGCCUGAAUGGCUCACAGGUGAAGGGCAAAGCUGAGACAAAGAAAAGAAAAGGAAGAAGAUAUUAAGGCUCCAUUUUGUUAAAUGUUAACGAAAGGUCCUCCAGCAGGCUGACGUUCCCAAAAUCGUGAGCAAAUUGUGCCUAGAUUUACUUUCUCCACUGUGUGGAGCUCUUGUUCUGCAUUUUUGCAGUGGGUCUGGAGGGUAUGAUCACCUAAUUUUGAAAAGUGUACCUUUGACUGUUAGUGUUCAUGUCCGAUUUAUGGUUUCUGUGAAUAUUUUUUUAUUCUGACCUCAGCGAACCUUUGAGUGUUAAAUUCAUAAGCAUUAGUAGUGUAUGUAUGUCGCACAGAGCUCGAAGGAGUUUCUCUCUGACAGCUUUGUUGACGUGUCAGAAGACCCAUCAUCACAAACCUUUGAGCAGCGUGUUGUGAGGACGUUUAAGGAAGACAGACUCGCUGGCAGGUGGUUGCUGCUACACGCUUCCGUUUUUUAGUCGUUUAAUGCAAAAGUGCCUUGAGUUUGCUCAUAAUUGACUUGUGUUUAUAUUCACACCCAUUCAUCCAAUUCAUCCACGUCAACCUUUUCAUAUCAAAAGGCUCCACUUAAACUCCUAAAGCUUCAUUUUUUCUAUUCUCUGUCUAUAAAGAUAAAUACUUCUGUUCCUAUGAAUCUAGUAUCAGGACAUGUUUCUGGCCUUCAAAUCCUGGCGUUGCUCUUGACUCCUUUGCACUGAACCAUGAAAUAAACUCUUGCAUUCAGCAGCAUGCCAAUUUAAUAAGUGAAAGUGUUUGUAAUGAUUCUGUUUCGGCUUGCCACAGUGUUGGCCAUGCAGCAGCUCAGUCAGCCGUACUGUAUAUGUGUGUUGCUUUGCAGUCAUUACAUAAACCAGAGCCCAAAGCACUUGCCUAACCACAGGAGCAGCUGCAGAACGGAUCUGGGAAUACGUAAGACAUGUUGUUCGAAAAUUCAAAACUCGAGCAGUAGCAAGGAGAAUCAAGUCAGUAAACGGUCACUUCUUUGGUCUGUGUCCUGUUUGUGACCUCUUUAAAGCUUUUUUUCCCCCAGUGUUUUUCAAUUUUUUUUAAUCUACGCAGAUGUUCACAGCUGAAGCAGUCAUUUUUCUGCCUUGGAGACGCUCUGUGGGGACUUUGGUUGAAGGUUAAAAGGGCAGUUUUCUUUUUUUUUUUGUCCAGGGAUUGAAUUGUUCCCCAACAAAUCAUUUUUCUCAUCUGUUCUCAUGCACCUGGUCUCUUCUGACUUUAAUUUCUCCUUAAAUCUUAACAGCUGGAGCAGUCCCAACUUAGGGAUCAUCUAACAUAAAAUUCUGUAACAAACAGAAAGCAUCCUUAUGACCAAUUCAUAAGCAGCUGCGAGAGUCUGAGGCAGGUUGUCCCGGCUGUUCAAAACACUGUUAUUAAAACCUGCAGCUUUGCUCCCUG